AUGAAUUUCUCAGAGAAUGCAACAGAAAGAUGCACUAUUAAUCAUGAAAUCCACCAGACUUUAGCCCCUGUGGUAUACAUCUUUGUGUUUGUAGUGGGUUUCCCAGCAAACUGCCUCUCACUGUACUAUGGAUAUCUACAGAUCAAGGCUAAAAAUGAACUGGGUAUUUAUCUUUGCAACUUGACUGUAGCAGACCUCUUGUACAUUUUUUCUUUGCCUUUCUGGCUCCAGUAUGUUUUGCAGCAUGACAACUGGACAUAUAAUGAACUACUGUGCAAAAUCUGUGGCACUCUUUUAUAUGAGAAUAUUUACAUCAGCGUGGGCUUCCUCUGCUGCAUCUCCAUCGAUCGCUAUCUCGCUGUCGUGCACCCUUUUCGGUUCCAUCAGUUUCGGACGCUGAAGGCUGCUGCGAUCGUAAGCACUGUUAUCUGGGCCAAAGAAAUCAUGACAUGUUGGUUUGUGUUUACACAUGGGGUAACCAGCAUGGACGCUGACAGCCACGUGGUGUGCUUUGAGCAUUACCCCAUCAAAGCAUGGGAGCACAACGUCAACUACUACCGCUUCUCGGCGGGCUUCCUGUUCCCCUUCUUCCUGCUGGCCUUCUCUUACUGCGGAAUCUUACGUGUUGUCCACAAGAGUCAUGGCACUCAAAAGAAGAAGAAAAUUCAAAUUAAGCGACUGGUUUCCAGCACCGUUUUCAUUUUUUUGGUUUGCUUUGGACCGUAUCACAUCCUACUUGUAGUUCGCAGCUUGUUUGAGAAUGACUGCUCAUUUGCCGAGAAAAUAUUUAACAUUUACCAUUUCUCUCUCCUGUUGACUACAUUUAACUGUGUUGCUGACCCAAUGUUGUACUGCUUUUCCAGUGAAAGCACUUACCAGAACUUCGCCAAGAUGCGAGACUCCUGUUUAACAUGUUUAGGCUGCCUAAGAGCUGAAAGUAAGGAAAGCUACCAGCUGAAUGCUCCAGAACCCUCCAACAAGUCACAAGAUGAGCAAGAGCCAGCGUUAUUGCAAAGAUCACAUAAUACUGCUGAAAUAAAGGGCUCCUCUACACUUAACUUAGGCAGCCUAUAG